CGCACACGGCACAGACCCGUUUCGCCUCUUCGACCGCGACUCCCUCCGACCGAGCUGCAGUGCGCGUGCUGCCUGCCUUCCACUGUUCCUGCUUCCAGACAUGGCGGCGAGGCCGGUCGCUCUGGCUCUGCCGCUGCUGGCCCUCGUCUGCGCCCUGGCAGCGUCGGCCGACGCGACGCAGUUCAGGGUGGGCGGGCAGAGUGGGUGGAGCGUGCCGGGCGCCGGCUCCGAGCCCUACAACACCUGGGCGGGGCGACUCCGGUUCCAGAUCGGCGACCAGCUGCUGUUCGUGUACCCCAAGGAGACGGACUCCGUGCUCCUGGUGGACGCCGCCGCCUACAACGCCUGCAACACCUCGUCCUACGUCUCCAGGUUCGACGACGGCAGCACGGUGUUCACGUUCGACCGCUCGGGGGCCUUCUUCUUCGUCAGCGGCAACGAGGCCAGCUGCCGUGCCAACGAGAAGCUCAUCGUCGUCGUCCUCGCCGACCGCUCCGGCAGCCGCACCCCGACGCCAUCAUCCGCGCCGCUGCCGAGCCCGCCCUCGCCUCCUGCUGCUGCCCCCGCACCUGCGACGAGCCCAUCCUCGUCGCCACCCUCGUCCGCUGCUCCCGCAGCCACCCCCACCUCGCCGACGUCCCCAGCUUUAGCUCCGGCGCCUGCCCCCACGACAACCCCUAGCUCGCCACCGGCGCCCGUUCCCACGACAACUCCUAGCUCGCCACCGGCGCCGACUCCGACAACACCAGCAGGAGGAGGCUCCCCACCGCCAACCGCUUCCGCCAGCGCGCCGGCCGCUGAGGGCGGCAGCUCCACAACGCCGCCACAGCCUUCCACGGCUGCCCCCGUUGUCGCGGGCUUCGUCGGCUCGCUCGGCGCCUUCAUCGGUUUCGCCAUGCUUGCCGCAUGAGACCCACGUGUCGUGCUCUUUUCUUUUGCCAGUGAAGAGGGAUCAUUUGUACAAUUGUACUAGCAUUCGCAUUUGUUCAAAUAUUUGUGGAAUAUAAUAAACAAAUACAUGCACGAUUGCUUUUGGUUGU